AUGACAACAAAAUUUCAAACAACUGCAGGUAUGACAGCAACUGAUCAAACAACCGCUUCUACUCGAACAAAUGGUCCAACAACUGGGGGAACUACGACAACCGGUCUAACUACUGUAGUUCCUACAUUAUCAAGUCAAACAACUACUGGUUCUACGACAGAUCAGACAACCGCUAGUACUACUUCAUCUGAUAACAAAACCGAUGGAACUACUAUAACUGGCCCAACAACGUCUGUGUUAACAACAGGCCCAAUAACUGGUGGUACGACAACAACAUAUCAAACAACUGCUAAUUCUAAGACAACUGAUGGAGCUACAACUGGUCCAAGAACUACUUCGUCUACGACAGUUUCAAAAACGUCUAGUUCGACAAGUGCAAUUACUAUAACAACAGAUCAAAGAACUUCUGGUUCUACAACAACAAGUCCAACAACUUUAGGUACUAAAACAAUAGGUCUAACAACUGAAAGUUCUGUAACCACAGGACCAACCACUUAUGGUGGUUCUAAUACAUCAUUGCCCAGUAUUACUACUAAAAUAACCACAGCCUCAACAACAGCAGCGAAAACGACAGCUCAAACAACUGAACCUCUUUGUAUGUGUCCAUGUGUCUGUACUGAUCCUACAGCUGUUCCUUCUACCAUUUCUACCAAAACUCCUCCUUCUAGAACUUCAUCUCCGAGAAAUUCGACAUCAUCAAAAGUCCCAACUACCCCAACACCAACUGAAACAACCACAUCGUGUAUAUGUACAACUAUAUCAGCUUAUCCUACAUUUACUUCUACCAGUGCCCGUACAACUACACCCAUGAAUUGUAAAUACACUGAAGCAAUUGAAUGUAUUGAUAACCUGAAGGAACAUAUUGACAAAGGAUCAGACAGAGACACGUUAUGUAGCGAGAUAGAGGCCACGAGGGAGUGUAUUUCCAACAGGACAUUCGCCUGUGAUCAGCAUGUUAUAAAUCGGACAUGGAAUUAUUUCAACUCUAAAGUUACAGUAAAAAUCAGACAAGGGUGCUACGCAAAGAUCAACUGUACGGAUAUCAACAACAUCAUAGAAGGAGGUGGCCCUAAAUACAUUGACUUGGAUAUUAGAACAUCUCCAACACAGAUAUGCAAAGA